AUGUCUUUACGCAUUACGCCAGGUAGGGUGGCCUUCUUAGCCCAUCCACCAUCAUUCCGUCUCGAAUGCCCUUCCGCUCGCUGUAAUAUACGAUCCCUGCCAACAUGCGCUUUCUCAACAAGACCAACAAAUCGUCGCGCCAAAAUUCCCAACACGCAAGACUCUGCACCUAGCGAAAAGCCUACGAAAGUGCGUGUGACUCCCACGACAUCAGAGCAAUCUGCCGUGCUUCAGCAACGAUUACAAGAAAAGUCGGCCAGUUUAGCCAGGAACAGAGAGGAGCAACUACGAGAAGCGAGACAAAGACGACUAGACAGAAUCAGAGAAGAGAGGGGGAAAAGCAGGCAGGCAGAAGAAGACGAAAAGAAGGAGUUGACGAAAGAGGAGGAGGAAAAGAAAAAGAAGGAGGACUAUAAGAGGAGGUAUAAACAGCUCGAGAGGAAUUGGCUCAAGUUUAUGGUUGGAAUGCCAAUUUUCCUGGUUACUAGUUAUGAUCUUUUCCAAAGACGUUCAGUGGUUAUGAAAAGAGAACCCAAGGUUCCUCCGUGGAGGCAGGCCAAGAUCAACAAGGAGAAGGAGAAGGAGAAGGAGGAGAGGGAGCAAAUAGAAAAGCGAGAACAACAUGGUGAAGAGCUCUCGAGGGACUAA